UUCCUGGAAUAAAAUAGACGUAGAGCUCUUUCGCUCCUGAUUAUCUCGUCGGGCAGGGUGACUCAGCAAAGACUGCUGUGCCGCAUCAUCGGUAGGACUAUGCCGUUUAAGUAUAGCUUGUUCCUUGUCUGUCGUGAACAUGGAUCCGACAUCUUAAAACAUAAUUCGGUUAUCGCCCGGGUAUCCAUGAUGCAAAACCAACAUGUGGUAGUUAUCACGGGUGCGGGUAGAGGUAUCGGAAAUGCCGUAGCGCAAGCUUAUCUGUCGCGGCCAAAUUGCGUAGUAAUAGGGACCAUUCGCGACGAUAGCGCACCGGGGGUUAUCGAGUUGAAGGCAUGCACCAAGGGCGAGGGAUCGAAACUCCUUUUAGUCAGUGUGGAAAGCGCUUCCUCUUCAGAUGCAUGGCGCGCUGUUGAGGGAAUUAAAGCGGCGGAUGUCGACCAUAUCGACGUUUUGAUAGUUAACGCUGGAAUCAGCCCGCCGGUGGUGUCGCUUGAGAAAGUCGACCUUGGGGAAGUGACAGAUGCAUUCAAUGUCAACGCUAUUGGGGCUUUGGCCAUGUACCAAGCCUGCCAUCCAUUACUUGAGAAGUCUAGCGAUGCCAAGUUCGUGUCGAUCAGCAGUGCCGCGGGUUCCCUUAGCGCUAUGGAGAGGUUUCGAGCUCAUGUUGCGCCCGCCUAUUGUAUUUCCAAGGCCGCGUUGAAUUGGAUUACCCUGUCAGCACACUGUGGUAACACAUGGCUGACUGCAUUUGCCAUUAGCCCAGGUCUCGUCGAGACAGACAUGGGCCACAAGACUGCUAAUUAUCUAGGGCUCGAGAAGGCACCACACACGAAGGAGUAUAGCGCCGAGAAGAUCAUAAGCAUAAUCGAUAGAGCAAAUCGUGAAGACACCUCGGGCAGAUUUCUAGGUGCAAUAGAUGGCAAUGAGAUACCGUGGUGACAAGUUACCCCCGAGAAAAAUAAAAACAUGUUUUUAUGAAUACGAUUUUAUUGUACAGCGAAAGUUAUCGAGAUCUAUCCAACCCAGAACCACUGGUGCGAUACAUUCCAAGGUU